AUAAUGCGUUUUCCGCGUUUUCCCCCGUGUUGUACACACAGAAGAGUGCGUUUAUUCCAAUUUUAUUCCAUGACUUAUAAGAUAUAAGACAAUAGAAUUGUUCGGGCUGCGAGUUAGCGUCGAUAAUAAUCUCCCAACAUGUAUUUCUAGACCUAACUUCAGGUAACUGUCAGUUUAGUAAUUAAUUCGUUAGACGAGUCACCUCAAAUCGCCACGACCACCAAAAAUUGAAACUUUAAUUAAUUUGAACUUGGCCAGGGCAGACCAAGUCCAAGACCAAGACAGGUAACAGAUUGCUUGUGUUAGAUAAGCGGACCAGCUAAGUUCAGGGCCCCUAUCCACUGCAGGAGCCAUGCAGGUGUGAGGCUUUGGUAGCCACCAGCCCAGUCUGCCGCUCUCUGCCAGCCGCGAGCAGGUCUAUCUCGCUCUCCCCGCUGCCGUGAUGGACACUUCCGUGGCGUGGUUGCUGCCCGAGCAGCGUGGCCCGGCCAGCGACCUGUUCUCGCGCCUCUGGGCCUCCCAGGAGGGACCCAAGCCGCCGCUGGGCGGUCGGCAGCUGCGGGUGCCCGAUCUGAUCGACCAGCACGUGCCGGCCGACUACCCGGCGGCGGCCGAGGCGGCGCCGGUGCCGUCCAGCCGCCGCCCGCCGGCGCCGCUGCCGCCGCAGCCGAACGGCGCGCCGCGCGACCGCUCCUGUACCGUCGAGCUGGACCUGCACAGGAACGAGCUGGUGGGCCGGCACGGCGGCACGCCCUGGAUGGUGCCGGGCAAACAGUACAGCACCGGCGUGAACGGCCUCCAUGAAGAGAUUGAAGAUUUCUAUAUCUACAUGUCACCAUCUCGAGAGGAGCACGCUAUGCGAGAGGGCGUCUACGCCAAAAUUCGGCGGGUGAUCCUGUCCCUGUGGGAAACGGCCGGGGUUUUCAUCUUCGGCAGCUUCGAGACUGGUCUCUAUCUUCCUACCAGUGACAUCGACAUUGUCGUCAUGGGAAGCUGGGAAAAGUCCCUGGAGAUGCUGAAAGAGGCCCUGAUACAGGCCGACAUUUGCGAGCCCAGCUCCAUCAAAGUGCUCGACAAAGCCGCUGUUCCCAUCAUCAAGCUGACGGACCGGCUGACCGAUGUCAAGGUCGACAUCAGCUUCAACAUGAAGAACGGCCCGCUGUCUGCGCACACCAUUAAACAGUACCAGGAGGAGUACCCGCAGAUGCCCAAACUGGUGAUCGCGCUGAAGCAGUUCCUACUGCAGCGCGAGCUGAACGAGGUCUUCACGGGUGGCAUCAGCUCCUACAGCCUCAUCCUGAUGACGGUCGGCUUCCUUCAGGAUCACGAGAGACAGAUGCCGCCGUAUGCCGUUCGGAACCUUGGGGUCUUGUUAAUUGAGUUUUUCGAGCUAUACGGAAUCAAGUUUAACUACUUGAAGACCUGCAUCAAAGUGAAGGACCGUGGCUACGCCCCGAGGAGUGAGGUGGAGGAGCAGUUCGCCGCCCACUCGGCGCACAACUCGCCCCUCUGUAUAGAGGACCCUCACAACGCAACCAACGACAUCGGCCGCUCCUCCUACAACAUGAUGAAGGUCAAGGACGCCUUCAAGUACGCCUACCAGCGGCUCUCGAGUGCCGUUCUCAGUCCGGGUUCCGCUGCGGACCCCAACAAAAACAGCAUCCUCGGUCGUGUGAUUCAGGUCACUGACCGGGUCGUCGACUACCGGUGCAGCAUCCGCGAACGGUUCCCGGUGGCGGCCCCGCGACCGUCACCGCCCAGAGCGCCGAGCUCCAGCCCCCACUCGUCCACGUCGCCGAUGUCGUCGGGAACUUCAGACACGUCGGACCAGGACGCCGAGAGCUGCGAGCCGGGCCCGGCCGGCCGGCCCUCCCUCACCCGGGACGCGUCGCCGGCCAACUCGGUCUCCACGGCCGGGACCUCGUCCAGCUCGAGCUCGGCCCGGUCGGCGCCGCGCGCCGGCACCGGCGGCCCGGUGUCCAACGCCGGCUCAGGCCCCGGACCCGGACCAGGACCCGGACCUGGGCCCGGGCCCAGCUCCGGCUCCGGUUCUGGUCACGGCUCCGGCUCCGGCUCUGGCCACAGCCACAGCCACGGCCACAGCCACAGUCACAGCCACAGUUCCGGACACGGACACGGACACGGGCACGGGCACGGGUCGGGUCGCGGUCGCCGGCCGCACAGUGGCUCUUCACACCACUCGUCGGGCGGCGGCUCACAGCAGAACUCCUCGCGGAACCGGCGGAGUAACAACGGGACCCAACAUCGACGGAAGCCAGGGGGUAACAGCUCCUCGGCGCAGGCCGACGGCGGCGCUGUACCGUCCUCCGGCUCCGGCGGCGGCGGUCAGAGGUCCUCCAGAGGCCAGCCGGCGCACCGAGCGGGGCCGCGCGACGCAUGAUGGUGCGCUGAGCCGCCGCUGAACGGCCGGUGAGCGGCCCGCGCGGCGGCCGCGCCUCCUCCCGUACUCAGUACAAAGUGGGGCGCCGUGCUCAGGGCGCCCGUGCGCCCCCGGCGGCGCCCCAGGAACUACGGCCGUGGUAUCUGCGCGGCAGCAGCGGCCGGUUUUGUAGAGCGGUUUAUAGUGUGGCCGGGAGGCCGAUCUGACUGAGACUGUGAUGGACAAGUGCUGUCGCCGCGCUCUGUUUUAGGUGUGAUCCGUUUUAUUGGUGGCUCUGUGCGGCGCUGACGGCGCGGUCGGGCGGAGGUGAUGCGGUGUCGAUCGUAUGUCGGGAGGGUGAUGACUGUAAUAUCUGGCGCUCCGUUGGAUGGGCGCUGUGGCUGGCGGCGGUGGGAGAGCCACCGUCGCCACGGUGUUAGCUUGUUAGACCUGGAAUGGACUUCCACCGGGAGUGGGCUGCGUGGACCAUUUGUGAUCAUUGUUGCGACUUGAGUCGUCCCAAUCACUGCCGAGCACAUCAACUCUGUGACUGUCUCAUCAUGUCUCCGGAUGUACAGGCGUCGGCGGCAGUGUGGGUCACUUAUUGUGACGCGUAACGCGUCGUUAUGGAAUGAUAUUGUCGCCGGGAGAGAGUUGCAUUUACCUCUUUUUCACGUGUCUCUGAGUCAUUAAACAGCCGAUGCCUGCUGGA